AUGGCUAAUAGAUCACCUCUGCUGCAACUGCUGGUGGUGGUAGCAGUGGCCGCUGCGCAGUUUCUCAGGGCGGAAGCCGGCGGCAUUUCCAUCUAUUGGGGCCAGAAUGGUGGCGAGGGCACAUUGGCUGAGACCUGUGCCACCGGCAACUACAAGUUUGUCAACAUUGCCUUCCUUUCCGCCUUCGGCAAUGGCUUGUCGCCGGUCAUCAACCUGGCAGGCCACUGCGACCCGACAAACAACGGUUGCGCCAGCCAGAGCUCCGACAUCAAGGCGUGCCAGAGCAGCGGCGUCAAGGUCAUGCUCUCUAUCGGUGGUGGAGCAGGCGAUUACUACCUCAACUCAUCCCAGGAUGCCAAGAAUGUUGCCACAUACCUCUGGAACAACUUCUUGGGAGGUAAGUCAUCUUCGCGGCCUCUUGGUGACGCAGUUCUCGAUGGCGUUGACUUUGACAUUGAGGGAGGCACACCCCUGCAUUGGGAUGAUCUUGCGAGAUACCUGAAAGGGUAUAGCAACUCCGGCAGGAGAGUGUACCUGACCGCCGCACCACAGUGCCCUUUCCCUGAUGCUUGGGUAGGCGGCGCUCUCAACACUGGCCUCUUUGACUAUGUAUGGGUGCAGUUCUACAACAAUGCUCCUUGCCAGUAUAGUUCAGGUAGCACUUCCAGUCUUGCGGAUUCAUGGAAGCAGUGGUUGACAAUUCCGGCAAAAAAGAUCUUCCUCGGCCUCCCGGCCUCGCCCGAGGCGGCUGGGAGCGGGUUCAUCCCAACUAAUGAUCUAAAAUCAGAUGUUCUCCCAUUGAUCAAGGGUGCAGGGAAGUAUGGAGGGAUCAUGUUGUGGUCCAAGUACUAUGAUGACCAGGAUGGCUACAGUUCUUCAGUGAAGAAUGAUGUUUGA